AUGGCAGAGCCUCAGCCUCUGGUCUCACUGAUAAGUCUGGCAGACCUGGGCCACCUGCACAUGCCCACCAAUGAGCGUGUCUGCUGGUGUGGGGGAGGUCUGAAACCCAACUACAGGAUACAGCAGCCACCCGGAGCACUCUCUCGCUCAGAGCAGGUGAGGUGCAAAGGCCGUGGGGCAAUGGGUCACCUGAUACCACUCCAGCAUUCAACUGCCCAGUGCCCACAGCAGCAGCAGCCGGCACCGUGCUGCAAAGUCAUGUGA